AUGGCUACCGAUAAGCAGGUCGAGUCUCUCGCCACCAAGCCACUGCACACGGGCAAGGCAGAGACAGAACACGACGAGACCAUUUACGCCGAGCCCAGCUUUCUUCAACACGUUUCCUAUGGCCCUGGUGGCAUCGCAGGUCUCAUCAGCUCCCCCUAUGUCUCCGGCGCGGCUGUUCUUGCAUCCCUGGGCGGGUUCUCAAUGGGAUACGACAUGGGCGUUAUUUCACUCAUCAAUGUGAUGGAUCAGUUUCAUACGACGUAUCCAUUCACAGAGACUUCCUUUGGGAAAGAAUUUAUGACAGCAAUGCUGUUGUUAGGUGCCUUCCUGGGCUGUAUCUUCAUGCCAUACACGGCAGACCGAUACUCUCGAAAAUGGGCAUUGACCGCAGUGGUGAUCAUCUUUGAUAUUGGCGCAAUUAUCCAAACGGCAGCACCGAACUAUGCAGCAUUGGUUGCCGGAAGGUUUAUCGGAGGGAUAGGCGUUGGAACGUUGGCAAUGGGCGCACCUCUUUACAUCUCAGAGAUCUCGCCUCCAAAUAUCCGUGGAACGCUGCUAGUUCUCGAAUCUAUUUCCAUCACCUCUGGCGUGGUGAUAGCAUUUUGGAUUACCUUUGGAUGCAGAAGCAUUGCAGGAGAAGGCGCGUUCCGAUUGCCAUUUGGACUGCAAAUGGUUACUGCGACUCUUCUGGGCAUAGGCAUCCACUUCUUCCCCUAUUCUCCUCGCUGGCUUGCCCUUGUGAAUCGCUCGGAUGAUUGUCUAAAAAGUCUCGAGAAACUACGGGGAUUGCCAACCCACGAUGAGAGAGUGCAAGCAGAGUUCCACGGUAUCAUGGCCGAAGUCAACUUCCAGAAACUCGCUCAACAGAAGCGACACCCGGGCGUUGGCGGCAUCAAGCUUGAGGUCGCGCUGUGGGCGGAUCUUUUCAAGCGGAAGUUGUGGAGACGCACAGCUGUUGGAGUCGGCGUCGCCUUUUUCCAACAAUUCUCUGGAAUUAACGCGUUCAUCUACUACGCGCCUACUUUGUUUACCUCGUUGGGACAAACGAAUGAAAUGGCGUUGAUCAUGUCGGGUGUAUUCAAUAUCCUUCAGAUGGUCGCGGCAAUUGUAUGCUUCCUCAUCAUCGAAAAAGUCGGCCGUCGGCCCUUGGCGAUAUUUGGUGGAUUUGGAACGGCUGUGACGUAUACCAUCAUUGCGAUCCUAUCUGCGCUGUACGAAAAGGACUGGCAAUCUCACCAGAGUGCAGGCUGGGCCUGCGUGGCGAUGGCGUUCCUGUUCAUCCUCACAUACGGUGUCUCGUACUCGCCACUCGGAUGGGCUCUUCCUAGUGAAGUUUACUCCACCGCAACUCGAUCAAAAGGUGUGGCUCUCUCAACUUGUGUCAUCUGGCUUUGUGACUUUAUCAUUGGUAUCUCGGUUCCAAGUAUGAUGGAGAGCAUCACUUAUGGCACGUACAUAUUCUUCGCUGUGAUGUGUUUCCUGGCUGGUGUAUGGGCAUACUUUUUGGUCCCGGAGACGGGUGGUAAGACUUUGGAAGAGCUUGACGAGGUCUUUGGAGAUUCCAGCGGACAGGAGGAGAGGGACCUCGUUGCGGAGGCUUUGCGAGCUGCGAGAACUGCUCCCGCCGAGACGACCGUCUGA